UUGGCUGCUGAAGCAAUCAACAUGAGCUUGAUCAUUCUGUUGGCACUAUUAGGAGCUGCUGUGGCAGCACCACAUGGUGAAGAAAGAAUCAUCGGAGGCUCUGAAUGUGUGGCUCACUCACAGCCGUGGGCGGUUUCUCUGCACUAUGGCUACCACUUCUGUGGAGGAGUGCUUAUCAGUGAACAGUGGGUGCUCUCUACUGCUCAGUGCUGGUACAACCCCUAUAGUAUGCAGCUUAUUUUGGGAGAUCAUGAUGUGCGUGUGUUUGAGGGAACUGAACAGCUUCUGAAGACAGAAAAUAUUAUCUGGCACCCCAACUACGACUACAGAACUCUGGACUAUGAUAUUAUGCUAAUUAAGCUGUUCCACCCCGUGAAAGUGACUAAUGCUGUACGGCCAAUAUCUCUGCCAACUGGCUGUCCCUUUGAAGGAAUGCCCUGUACUGUCUCUGGAUGGGGGUCUCUUUACGCUGAUUCCUUAUUCAUGCCUUUUCGUCUUCAGUGUGCUGAUAUCCCAAUUGUGGGUGAGCAGGAGUGUGAAAAGUCUUAUCCUGGUAUGCUAACUCGUAGAAUGGUGUGUGCUGGCCUUAAGGAGGGUGGAACGGAUGCCUGCUCUAGAGAUGCAGGAAGUCCGCUGGUGUGCUACGGAGAGGUGCAUGGGCUAGUGUCCUGGGGUCAAGGCUGUGGCCUGCCAGGCUACCCUGGGGUCUACGUCAAAGUGUGCGAGUUCCUCUACUGGAUCAGAGACGUCAUGGCUGCAAAUCCUUAAAGUUUCUUUCUGUAUUCCAACUGCUUCAUCACAAUUUUUACUUCACUCUUUUCACCCCUCACUACUUUCACAGUUUUGUUAUGUUUUGUUUGUUUUCUGUUUUCACUUAAUCAUCAAAAAAUGUGAUGAGAUUGAAUUGGGAUGCAUGAAUAAAAACUCCCCUGCUGUGA